AUCCCAUCCUCGUUUUAUGGGAGAUAAUUUUACUAAGAAUUUAGAACUCGUAAAAGAAAUUGAGAAGAUAGCUGAAAAGAAAGGAGUUACUGCUAGUCAACUUUGUUUGGCAUGGGUUUUGGCUCAGGGCGAAAACAUCGUUGUAAUUCCCGGUACUAAAAAAAUUAAAUACUUGGAAGAAAAUGUUCAUGCUUCCAAUGUAAAGUUAACCACUGAAGAAUUAGCCGAAAUUCGAAAAAUUAUUGAUUCGAUUGAAAUUACCGGAAAUAGAUACCCUGAAGCCCUUCAAAAGGUAAUGUAUAUUAUUUUGAAAACCAUUUUUGGAUCUUCCACUUUGCAUAAUACUGCA